GUGAGGUGCUGGUUGCUAUAGUAACAGCAGUGCGUCUAUGUGGAUCUGUUGAAUAAUGGAAGGAAUUAACAGUUUUGUGAUCAGACCGAAUCAUCAGCACCGAUUUAAGACAUCAGCGGUGAGAGAGUGUAUGAGAGAGAUAAUGAGAGAGAGAUUAUCAGGAGUUCAGUACAAUCCGGAUGAAACAGCAUCACUCACCAAAUCUCUCUCAGACUCCAUCAAACACAGAAUCACAGAACUGGGGUUCGAACGUUAUAAACUGGUGGUUCAGGUGGUGAUCGGAGAGCAGAAAGGAGAGGGAGUUAAGAUGGCUUCUAGAUGCUUCUGGGAUUCAGACACUGAUGGCUGUGCUAAAGACGUUUAUAUUAAUGACAGUCUGUUCUGUGUGGCCGUGGCGUUUGGGAUCUAUUAUUACUGACUGUGGAAGAUUCAGGAUCAACUCGACACAACGACUGGAAUUAAACAUCAUUAUUUUUAAUAUAACAGUUUUAUUUACAUGAUUAAAUUGUUACAUUUUUAAUAAAACGAUUUUGAAUGUGA